AUGGAGGAGGAUCAGGCCAACUGGCUGAGGGCGCAGCUGGCCCGGCGGCGGGGAUCGGAGGAGGAGGGUUCGGAGACAGGGGAGGCGGCAGCCGCGGGUUACCAGGAGUCCGGGACGGGGGCCGACCCGGCGGAAUGGGACCAGCGAGGCUUGUUGACAAUGGAGCCGACCGGCCAAGAGAGCCGGGGGGCGGCGGGCCCCGAGCGGGGACGGGAGAAGACAGGCUCCGAGGAGGGAGGCGAGGGGACCGGCCCCCAGGAGGCGGCGGAGCCGGGGCCGAGCGGCUCGGGCGGGCCGGGGGGCGGGGAGAUGGCGGCCCCCGAGGUCGAGAGGAGGAGGGAGGGGCGGGGAGAGGCGCGGGAGAGCGGGAGUGGAAAGGAGGCGGAGAAGCCGGGAGGCCGGCCGCCCCGCACGUUCCGGGAGAGGUACUGGGAGGGGUCCCGGGCGCGCUACCGGGAGAGGACGGAGAGGAAGUGGACGCCGGGCACCAAGUGGAAGUACCGGCUGGAGAGGAAGCCCCAGGGGCUGAGGAAGCCGAGUGCGGUGGACAACGGGGAGCGCGACGUCCUCCCGGAGGAGACAAAGGAGACCUUGGUGGGCUGGGUCCCGGACCAGGAACCCCGGCAGCCCACGAUCCGAUUCACUCUCUGCCCCCGAUCUCGCCGCCAGUCGCAGUGGUCCUCUCCCUGCCGCCCCUCGGGCAGUGUCAUCAACGAGCUGGCGAAGAUGGGAGACCCAGACGUCCUGGAAAUGGUGCAGGAGAAAGGGAGAACCACCAGUAGAGAACCAGACUAUGCUUCCCAUAUAAAUGAUGAGAGCCUGAGCAGCAGAGAGACCAGCUUCCUCAUCACUGAAGAAUCCGAGCCCGCAAAGCGAUUCAAUUUGUUCCUGCGGCGACGUGUCCUGUUUAAAAGAGAUGAACAAAGCAAAGAUUCUAUCUUCUUCCGAGAUGGGAUCAGGCAAAUUGAUUUCGUGCUUUCCUAUGUUGAUGACAUAAAGAAAGAAGCCGAGUUAAAGGCGGAAAGAAGAAAAAUAUUUGAGCAAAAUCUCAGAAAAACAGGCCUUGAGUUGGAAACUGAAGACAAAAGGAACUCUGAAGAUGGAAGAACUUAUUUUGUCAAGAUCCAUGCCCCAUGGGAGGUAUUAGUUACUUAUGCGGAAGUGCUGGGAGUCAAAAUGCCCAUUAAGGAGACUGAGAUUCCCCGAGAUGAGAAAAUGUCCCUGAGCUAUCUGGCUGGCCCUGUGAAGCUCCCAAGGAAUGUGAAGCAUCCUCGUCCUGAAUAUUUCACUGCCCAGUUCAGCAGAAAUCGGCAGGAACUCUUCCUCAUUGAAGACGAGUCAAGCUUCUUUCCAUCCUCAAUGAGAAACAGAAUUGUUUAUUAUAUUCUUUCACGGUGUCCUUUUGGCAUAGAAGACGGGAAGAAAAGAUUUGGGAUUGAAAGACUGCUCACUUCUCACACUUACUCCUCUGCCUAUCCACUCCAUGAUGGUCAAUAUUGGAAGCCAUCAGAACCUCCUAACCCUGUCAAUGAAAGGUAUAUACUUCGCCAGAAUUGGGCUCGAUUUUCCUAUUUUUACAAGGAGCAGCCUUUAGAUUUGAUUAGGAAUUAUUUCGGAGAAAAAUUUGGCAUCUAUUUUGUUUUUCUUGGAUUUUACACAGAAAUGCUGACCUUUGCCGCUGUAGUCGGCUUAGCUUGUUUUAUUUACGGCUUGUUAUCAAUGAGCGAUACAUCAAGCAGCACUGAAAUCUGUGACCCUCUGAUUGGAGGCCAGAUUAUCAUGUGCCCACUCUGUGACUUCGUGUGUGAUUACUGGAGACUAAAUACUACGUGUUUGGCCUCACAGGUUUCCCAUUUAUUUGAUAACGAGUCAACAGUGUUCUUUGCAAUAUUCAUGGGAAUUUGGGUCACAUUGUUUUUGGAGUUUUGGAAACAGCGACAAGCGCGACUAGAGUAUGAGUGGGACCUGGUGGACUUCGAAGAGGAGCAGCAGCAGCUUCAGCUGAGACCGGAAUUUGAAGCGAUGUGCACACACAGGAAAAUGAAUCCAGUGACUAAGGAGAUGGAACCCUACAUGCCUCUAUGUAGUCGUCUUCCAUGGUACUUUUUGUCAGGAGCCACGGUGACAUUAUGGAUGUCUCUCGUCAUCGCGUGUAUGGUAGCUGUGAUUGUAUACCGCCUGUCAGUCUUUGCCACGUUUGCCAGCUUCAUGGAAAGUGAAGCAUCCUUAAAGCAGGUCAAAAGUUUCCUCACUCCCCAGAUAACCACCUCACUCACUGGAUCGUGCUUGAACUUCAUUGUCAUCUUGAUCUUGAAUUUCUUUUAUGAAAAGAUAUCUGCCUGGAUUACAAAAAUGGAAAUUCCUCGAACUUACCAGGAGUAUGAGAGCAGUCUUACCUUGAAAAUGUUCCUGUUUCAGUUUGUAAAUUUUUACUCGUCCUGCUUCUACGUAGCUUUCUUUAAAGGGAAGUUCGUGGGCUAUCCCGGAAAGUACACAUAUUUAUUCAAUGUGUGGAGAAGUGAAGAGUGUGAUCCUGGAGGCUGUCUGAUAGAAUUAACAACCCAGUUGACCAUCAUAAUGACUGGGAAACAGAUCUUCGGAAACAUUAAAGAAGCCAUUUAUCCCUUGAUUCUGAAUUGGUGGAGACGCCGAAAAGCUCGGACCAACUCUGAAAAGCUUUACAGUCGAUGGGAGCAGGAUCACGACCUUGAGACUUUUGGGUCUCUUGGGCUAUUCUAUGAGUACUUAGAAACAGUUAUCCAGUUUGGAUUUGUGACAUUAUUUGUGGCCUCUUUUCCUUUGGCUCCUCUUCUUGCUCUCUUGAAUAAUAUCAUAGAGAUCCGAGUGGAUGCCUGGAAACUUACUACUCAGUACAGGAGACCUGUAGCUGCUAAAGCUCAUAGCAUAGGUGUUUGGCAAGACAUUCUUUAUGGAAUGGCUGUCCUUUCUGUGGCAACUAAUGCUUUUAUUGUAGCGUUUACGUCAGACAUCAUUCCUCGUUUAGUUUACUACUAUGCCUACUCAACAGAUGCCACUGAGCCCAUGAAAGGAUAUAUCAAUAACAGCCUGUCAACAUUCCUGAUCGCUGAUUUUCCAAACCACACUGUACCUUCAGAAAAACGAGACUUCACCACUUGCAGGUACAGAGAUUACAGAUUUCCUCCUGAUCAUGAUCAGAAAUAUUUUCAUAAUAUGCAGUACUGGCAUGUCCUUGCUGCCAAGAUGACCUUCAUCAUAGUUAUGGAACACAUUGUGUUUUUAGUUAAAUUUUUGUUGGCCUGGAUGAUCCCUGAUGUUCCAAAAGAUGUUCUGGAGAAAAUCAAGCGAGAAAAGUUAAUAACUAUCAAGAUUCUGCAUGACUUUGAGCUUAACAAAUUAAAAGAGAACUUGAGAACUAGUUCUGCUGAAUUUUCCAAGCGAGUCAUGAUCCAAGAAAACCAAGUAUAGCUGGGCAAGUCAACACUCUCAUCACCAUAUUGAGGAGCAGUUGGUGGCCUGUCUGGCUGGACAACUCUCCCCUGGUUUUAGGGCCAGAGGCCAGAAGCCAUGUGUCAGUUUUACCCCUUCUUCUUCUUCUUUUUUAACUCCAAAAGUUUUUGUAUACUUUUAUAGAGGCCAUCUUUAUGAGGUCGGAAGAAUACCACUUGUCUGCUGCAUUGGCAGGGCCCUCCCCAGAUACUGUUUUCUGGGCUUCUAUAAAUGAUUGUUAAAAGUGCACAUGGAAUCAGAAUACUGGAAAAUCAUGGGAUGUUGCAGCUUAGAAUUAAACACUGGACAUGGGCUGUCCCAUCGCCUCCAGAGCCUCUGCACAUUUUCAUGGUCUUCUGUUGGGUUGUUUUAUACCUCUUUCCCAUCAAGAAAAUGUUGGGACAAAAAGAAAAGAAGUCAAGAGGCCUACUGAUCCAUAUACAUCCUGCCAUUUUAGACUAUGCAAAUGAAAAACCAAAAUCACCUGACAUAAGGAAACUCACAUAUUAAAAAUAUUGGGUAGAUAUCAUGGCAGGGGUUUGUUCCUGAAAUCAUCCUGAAUAAGUUAAACUUCCAUCAAAAUCCCAGAUGGUCCUUCCCGAGUUGAGUUUUCAAGAGACAGAAUGUUUGGCUUCCAACUCAAGACUAACAACUCAGUUCUUAAAAGAUAACAUCUUGGUAACAGUAGUUUCAAAACUGGAUUGUCUUAUCUGGAAAACAGCAUUAAGAAGUGGUUAUAUUGCUUCAGGUCUUCAAGUAAAUGAAAGACAUUAUAGAGAAGUAAAUUUGUCUUCUUAGUGGUUAACAAAUGCAAGACAAUGUCUAGUGAUUAAUUUACUGACCUUCAUCUAAAAAAAUCGUUGAAUUAUUUUUAAAAAUCCUUUUUAUUCUGCAAUACCUAUUUGGCAUCAUGAAGCCUGUUUGAGCAUUAGUUAUUUGUAUAAGUUAGGUACAAGUUGUUUAUAAAAUUUGAUCUCUUUGUUUAAAGAAAUCUCAAAUCUUUUAAUGAAUUGACAAUCUUUUCUAUUGAGGCAUCGCUUCAUACAACGCUCAGUGCCUUGUUCCUAUGCCUUUGACACACAAGAAGUGUUAUUAUUGGCUGUUAAUAUGACAUGGUAUAACAUCUCAAAUGUGAGCUUGUUUUAGAGAAAUUAUCAGUUUAACAUCAAUCCCAAAGUAUAACACCAAAAAGGGAUCAACCAAGUGAGAAUGAGGUGAUGGAUUUGAUAGCUAAGUGAAAUAAAAUAUUUGUUGAAUUCUUUCUUUCAUACUUAGGCCUAUGGCACAUGAACACCAGUUCUUGUUCCUCUUUCCCAAAAUACUUCAUAUGGAUUUUUAACACUUUAGAGUCAGAGAUACUGUGCAGUUACAUAGUAUUUGAAUCUGUAGUUUCAAAUUACACUCCACUUUCAAAAGAAUAGUGUUUUCUUAAUUGCAUACAAAAGAAGAAACUUUAUCACAAGAUGUUUUCUUUUAAAGUAGUGGUUCGUUAUUUAACGCUAAUACAUUUUUGUGAAAGUACCAGUAUUAAGAAUAUGGCAGGUAGUGUUAACUAAUGAUCAAUAUUAAGCAUUUAGAACAGAGGAUUAUAAAUUUUAUAAGACCAUGAGACAGUUACCCCAAUAUUGGUAGUAAUGAUUUGUCAUCCUCUGUGUAGAUUUUAUGAACAUUUUUGCGUAAUUUGAAAUUCAUUAUUGAAGAGUAGUUUCACAUGUUGAGGAGAUAUAUUUCUUGCUUGAGAAAAUGAGUCAGUGUUGCUAUGAAAUAAGCCACGGAUGCAGUAUCUUUAGCUUGUGAAAUUAAACUCUGUGUUACUACGAUGUUGUACGUGGCACACAGCUCAUAUUGCUUCUUUCCUGGGUGCUAAUAAAAAUAAGGAAGAGCAUGGAAUUGGUUUCUUGGAUAUAAGCUUUAAUUUUUAUGGCUGAACAUUACAU